CCCUUGUGUCCACCUCUCCUCGUGCGACCCGCGCGUUCACCGGACUCGCCAUGGACGAGCUGGCGGAGAUCCGCCGGCGACGGGCUGCCCAGUGGGAAACCGCCCAGGCCCAAGCGGCCGAGGCCGCCGGUCCCACGCCGGUCGUUGCACCGGAAGGCGCCACGGCGGUUCCGGAGGCCACGGGUGCUGGAGAGCCGGUGGAACGAGAGGCCGGAGAAGAACGAGAGGGCGCUGGUCCCACUGCAGAGCAGCGCUGCUGCCGCAUUUGCUUCGACUCAGAAGAGUCCAAGCAGACGGGCCGGCUCUUCAGCCCCUGCCAGUGCACAGGGAGCAUGCGCUUCGUGCACGUGAGCUGUUUGAACGAGUGGCGAAGCGCCUCCUGCAACCACAGGUCCUACUACCACUGCGACGCCUGUCACUACAAGUAUCGGCUGCAGCGCUUGUGGGUGGCUGAUCUUCUCAUCUCGCCAGGUUUCCACUUGGCUUUGAGUCUCUCAUUCUUUGUGGUCAGUGCACUUCUGGUGGGGCUCAACCUCAUCAUGGUGGCACCGUGGGUCAUUGAAAGUUCGCUGGAUCAGCUGCAUUUGCCACCUGAUGUUCGCUUCCUGUUUACAGAGGACCUGCCAGUCAAAGGCAAUCCUGCAUGCUGGCAUCAGGGCUACACCUUCCAGGCCUGCUGCGGGCGCGGCCGCCCUGGGAACCCUGCGUGCUGGGACGACAUGCACAGCUUCGACUCCUGCUGCUUGGGCAUGUCCGAGACCUUGCAGAAGCUGCGGGCCCUCUUGGGCCCUUUGCUGCGGGUCCUCUUUUGCGGCUGGCUUGGACUCUCCUUGCUGGGCUUUGGCCUGUACCUGCAGCGGCAGCUACGGGAGGCUUGGGCCAAUGCAGGUGGCAGCUGGCAAGUGGCAGUCUUAGUCGUGUACCUCUCAUCCUUUGGGCGCGGCUUGGCGCGGCUGGUGGCGCUGGUGGGCUCGGCCAUCGCGCUACGGGAGCUCUUCGUGCAUCUGGAACGGCACGGGAAGCGCUGGAGCAGCCGCGUGGGCGAGCGCGUUUUAGAGGUCUCGUCUUAGCACGGAAGGCGCUUCCGUGUGACAGGCCUUCCGUUUCGUCUGAAACGACACGGCAGGUCUGUCGUCCAUCUGGCAGAGUUGGGGCAUGUUUGGGGCGGAAACUUUCCUCAGACUAGCAAGUCGCCCCUGUUUGUUGUCUUUAAGUGGCCCAACUGAAGCACUUGGGCCUCCUGAAGAUACGCCACACCGGUGGCUAGUGCUUGCCAGCGUGGCGAUGAGCCGCACCAAGCUCCAAUGCGUUGCAGAA